AUGGCUACUACCACAGCCCCGGCGUUUCAGCGAAAACGCCGACGCCCAGCACUUGCCUGUGAGCAAUGUCGCCGUCGCAAAAUCCGCUGCGAUAGAAACCACCCGUGUGCUAGCUGCAUACGGUCUGAUCCUCGAUCCUGCCAUUAUGUUGACGCUGAUCGGAAAACUAAUGUCGCACACGAUCAAGUCAUCGAUUUGGCCCCCACGGCAUUUUCGAGUAGCAAUCCACCAUGGGACUUACCAAACCGCCCUGAAGAUGUACAGUUCCCCGGGCUUCUCAAUGUAGAUACACUCCAAUCCACUAGUUCAUCCCUGGCGAACCCAACAGCUGUGCAACAUUCGAAGGUUUCUCACGUACCUGAAGAUUUGCAGGAAGGAUCGCUUGUUCAAUCAUUAACAGAUCGAGUACGCCAGCUAGAAAAGAAGCUUGAAGAAACCCUCAAUUUGCAACCACCAAAUAGCUAUCCAGGUCAGGCACCCAUAAGAGUGCGCGAGCAAGGUUCAAUCAAUGGAAGGUUCCUGAAGACGAGGUUCUUCGGGAACAGCCAUCGAUCUAUAUGUGAACAUAGGGUUCAUGACAUGAUCCAUAUGUUCUAUCGAAAGGCUUCUGAGACCCCCGAGAUAAAAAUUCUCUACGAGAGAUGCAAACAGCUCGCAAGAACGGCCAAAUCACAGGAGAUAAUUCACCAGAAAAUCUGUCCUGACCUGAGGGAUUACAUGCCAUCGAAAGAAACAUCUGACAGGCUUAUCCAAGCUUACCUCCGUACCUUCGAAUCCGUCUACCGUAUCGUACAUGUGCCAUCCUUCCUACGUGAAUACGAUCAGUACUGGAGAAGUCCUCCGGCAGCCAGCCCGGCGUUCAUUAUCAUGACUUUACUAAUGCUAGCGAUUGGGAACUCUUUUUGUCAGUCUGGAGACCCAAAUAAAGACUAUGUUCCGCGCUCUACAUCAUCCCAGUGGAUAUAUACGGCACAAACGUGGCUCAGCUCCCCGUUUGAGAAAUCGCGUCUCAAUAUCACUAGCCUCCAAACACACUGCCUCCUACUGUUGGCCCGCCAGACAAGUGACAUUAGCAGUGACCUUGUCUGGGUCUCAGCUGGCACUCUACUUCGAACAGCUAUGCAUAUGGGUUUCCAUAUUGACCCACGUCAUAUUAAGGGGGUUUCUUUCUUCGAUGCGCAGCUUAGACGGAGGAUAUGGAAUACAAUUCUUGAGAUUGCGGUCCAGUCUAGUAUGGAUGCUGGAGGCAUUCCUCUAAUUCACUGUGAUGACUACGACUGUGAGCCUCCCCUAAACCUUGACGAUGCACAGAUGGAAGAUCCCAUUCCUAAGGCAAAACCUUCCGAGGACUUUACGGAUACAUCUCUGCAAAUAGCUUUACAACGAUCACUGCCUAUUCGACUACAAAUUGCACAGUUUUUGAACGACUUCCGCCGAGGCGCCUCGUACGACGAAGCUUUACAGUUCAACAAAAGCCUUACCAAUAUAUACCGCGAAAGCUCAGCCCUAUUUGAUGCGUUCAAAAAUAGUGGAAAAUCUCCUACUCUUUUCCAGUCAAACCUCUACGACUUGAUGACUCAGCGCUUUCUGCUUGCUCUUCAUGACCCCUUUGCCAUAAAGGCAAAAUCUGACCCGACGUUGUAUUACUCACAUAAAGUAGCCCUUGAAAUAUCUAUGCGUAUCUUAGCGCCAUUUAGCAGAUCCGUACCUGAAGACCUUGACUAUACCGCAUUGCUGCUCACAGGCUCACCGUCCUUUCGGGACGUUCCUAUCCAAGCAGCUGCUGUGGUUGCAGAUGACAUGAUUGUCCGAAUUAAGGAGAAGCCGAUUAAUACUUCAGUAUCGGUUCCCUAUUCGUCAUAUCCUUUAUCACACGAAGAAUCCAAGCAUAUUAUCGAAGAAUUUACCUCCUGCAUGUUGGCCCGAAUUGAAGCUGGUGAAACGAACAUUAAAGGUUACCUGGUGUCUGCUUGCUUUCUGGCCCAGAUUGAGGCUAUGGAGUAUAGCCGACCAAUCGACGAAGCGUUGAGUAGAACUAUGUUGUCAGUUCUUGAAAUGUGUUCGAAGAUCUUGGAAGACAGGGUUGAGAGAUUGAGUCUUUCACAGCCAGGAAUAGGGUUGAAUACAGCAACUACUGAGGAAUCAACCAUGACUAUAUUUGAUAACCAGUUAGCCUGGUCUCUCAGUGAUGAUUUUGAUAUGGAAAUGGAUAUAGGCUCAUGGUUUCCUUCCCCUGGAUUCAGCUGA